UAGCCCUGCUCUGCUUGCUCACUCUCACGGCAAGCUAGCUAGCACCAUCGACCACAUCGUCUCAUCGGAGAAGAAAGCUCUGCGAGAAGAGGAAUUUGAUUGCGAUGGGCUCGGAGACGUUCGUGGAGAUCCUGCUGGCCAUACUGCUGCCGCCGGUCGGCGUCUUCCUCCGCUACGGCAUCGGCGUGGAGUUCUGGAUAUGCCUGCUGCUCACCGUGCUGGGCUACAUCCCGGGCAUCAUCUACGCCAUCUUCGUCCUCGUCGCUUAGUUUCAGUUUCAGUAAUUAACCAGUUCGGACUCGUCCAAAUAUAUCGAUCCCAGGCAUCUCUGUUCCAGUUGCUCUAGCUGUUCAUGGAUGAGCUGCUGGCGCAUCGGUGCAAGCAGGAUCUCUGCGCCAUGAAUAACCACCAUGCAUGCCGGUUCAGUUACUAGACCAGCUACUACUGUUGUGCUGAGCGCUAUGUACUGCCGUUCUGUGCAUAUGAUUAUGCGUACCACUUCUCCAAAUUAACCUGUAUGCACGUAUGUACCUUGCAUUUGUCAUUUGUGCUACUUCGCUCUGUUGUGUGUGUUCUCCG